AAUGUGGUGAUUUAACAGCGCCAUCACGCGGCGGUCAGCAGGUGAAACGCAUUUACAUUUAUGCCAAAUCAUCUUAUACAGAGAACUCGUAUUGAGUUAAUUAUAUUUAUUCAUCUGUAACUUUCCGAAUUCGUGUUCACACAGUAAAGUGAAAUAGCUUUAACUAUCAUUUAUAAGUCGUUAAACCAUUGCGUAAUCACGCCGCGCUCUCAUUGGCCACUUCCACUCUGAGUCCCGCCCAUUGCCGCUUACGUCAGAUGCGUCGUUCGCCGUUUUGGUGUUGAGGGAAUAUUGCUGCAUUAAAUCUCCAAUAAUCGCGCCUUCUGCGUUAAAAUCGCGUUGUUGUUGACGGAGAACCGGUUUCAUUUUCAGUGUUCGUGUCGCGGGAAUCAUGUCAGAGAAUCCGGACACGGACACUCUGGAGCUGGAGUCUGAAGAAGAGAAGCAGGUACCGAUCAAUGAGCCCUGUAACCCAGUACUGUCUGAAGAGGCCAAACUGAAGGAGAGAUAUCCGAACCUGGGACAAAAACCCGGCGGCUCGGACUUUCUGAUGAAGAGACUCCAGAAAGGACAAAAAUACUUUGACUCUGGUGAUUAUAACAUGGCAAAGGCCAAGAUGAAGAGCAAGCAUGUGGUGACGGCCGGAGCGGACAAGAACCUGGUGACAGGAGACCAUAUUCCCACACCGCAGGACCUCCCUCAGAGGAAAGCCACGCCGCUCGCCAGCAAACUGGCCGGAUAAACACACACACACACACAGAGACACACACACACACACA